UUCACCGGCCCGCUGUUCUCUCAGUCUUGCAGAAUCGCGCGUGAAACGUUCCUGUUCCGAGAUGAAGCUAAGGUGGUUUGUCUGUCUGUCCGCAGCACUUGCAACAAUCCCCUGGACAGAAGGCGCCCAGCCGGACCGUGUCGUGUGCUAUUAUGAUAGUCGCUCUAGGCACAGGGAAGGCGUUGGGAAAGCAGAGGCUCCCGGGGACAUAGAGCCCUCGCUGUCCACCUGCACGCACCUCGUGUAUGGGUUUGCUGUUAUCGACGGUGCCAACUAUAAGUUGGUGCCCCUGGACGAAUACCAGGAGCUUGACUCCGGGAAGGGUUACUACCGAGCUGUGACGUCACUAAAGAAGCGAUACCCGGGGCUCAACAUUCUGUUGUCCGUUGGGGGUCUGGCUGACCCCGAAAAAGAAAAGUACCUUACCCUGCUGGAAAGUGAGGAUAAUCGCAAAAACUUUGUCAGUUCAGCACGAAUUCUACUGCGGCAGUACGCCUUUGACGGUUUGGAUCUUGCCUGGGAGUUCCCUGAGAUCUAUGUGAAGAAGGACCGUGGUACUCUGGGGUCUCUCUGGCAUGGUUUCAAGAAGACAUUUGGCUUUGCACAUAGCCACAAAGACGAGAAGGCAGAUGAGCACCGGGAUGGAUUCACAGCUCUUGUUAAGGAACUGAAGAAUUCGUUGAGACCAGAUGGUCUUCUGCUUACAGCAGCUGUUCUGCCCAAUGUGGAUACCUCAAUUUACUACAACUUGAAAGAUAUCGUGCCCAAUUUGGAUUUCAUCAGUGUUCUGGCAUUUAACUACACAACUCCAGAAAAGAAACCUGAAGAGGCAGAUUACCCUGCUGCCCUCUAUCAGGCUGGAGGGAGGGAUAUCAACCACACAGGAGAUGGCACAAUCCGAUGGUGGCUUGAGAAAGGUGUACCAGCUCACAAAGUCAUCUUUGGUAUUGGACCUUUUGGUGUAACCUGGAAACUGACAUCAGAAAGCAAGAUAUCUGGUGUGCCCCCCAUUGGGGCUGACGGUCCAGGAGAGGCAGGACCUCAGACCAAGACCCCAGGUCUGCUGUCAUAUCCUGAGGUGUGCAGUCUACUUCCCAACCCCAACUUCAAGUCAGCAUCAGCCCCUCAUCUGCUGCGUCGUGUCACUGACCCAUCCCACAAACUUGGCUCCUAUGCUUUCCGCCUGCCUGAUUCUAGCUCUGAUACUGGCCUGUGGGUGGCCUAUGAGGACCCUGAAACUGCUGGCUACAAGGGUGCAUAUGUUAAGAACAAGGGUUUGGGUGGUAUUGCCAUCUGGGACAUCUCUCUUGAUGACUUCAGGGGUGUCUGUAGUGGGGAGAAGUUUCCCAUUCUUAAAGCAGCUAAGAAUCACUUGUAGAUAACAUGUGACUUUUGAGCCUUUAAGUGUAUGAGAUAUGUUCAAUAGCAACCCUGUCAACAGCACUUGCCUGUGAUGUGCUAGGCUAGUUCAUCCAUAUCAAACACUAUGUACUGGAUACCUUCCUUCCACAGCUACUUUGGAGGAUGAAGCUUAUAUAAAUAUGUGCUACAAAAAAUUUGUUUCAGCAUCCUAGAAAGCACAUCCUGUCUCCUCUAUCAAGAACGCCCACAUAAAGGUGAUAGCUCUUUACAUUGGGAAACAGAACUCAUGAAUAUAAUUUAUGGGCAAAAUAGUUGAGUCAUUAACUAUUAAGGCAAAUAGUAUACAUAAUUACCACUGCUCUGUUGAGGAUUAAGCCAAUUGCAAAUAUCCUGCUCAUCAGCAUAUGGCUGUAUUUACUUUGGAGACCAUUUUCUAGGGACUGAAGAUAAGUAAAGUUCAGAUAUAAGGGGAUUCUCCCUUUAUUCUCCAUGUUAAGGACCUGUAGUUUCAUGACAAAGAACUUCCUGGUUCUAAACUGCUCAUAAUAUCUGCAUCAUGCUAUAAAUCUGACAGCUUACUGUAUCCAGAAAUUGGUUAUCGCACAUUGAUCAUGUUUACAUCCUUACUGGGAUUUCAUAUCCCACGAUCUCUAACCACAGUUGAUCUACAAUUAUUAAACACCAUAAGACUGGCCAUCCACUGUACUUUGUUGGUAGAGAAUGUAAGCUUUGGUAAUCAGCUUAAAUGCAGAGCUCUAAUUUCUACUGAAAUAGUCUGUAAAUGGUAUCAUAAUUUGGAGUUCAGAUCAGUGCAGAUGGAUAUUGUGUACUGCUUCAGUUAUAUACAAGGAACAGAAAUAUCUCCAAAACAAUAAAAGGUGUAGUACAAGAAGAAGAGAAUAAAGUGUUUCUUAACAUAGUGAUACCGUACAUUUCUAGAAUUUAUUUUAUAGACUUCAAGAAGUUUACUAAGGAGGGAAGCAUGUAAUUCUCAUGGAAUUCCAUAUAUAAACAUAGCUAGUCUAAUUAAAAUUUGUUAGAUGAAACUUAUAAACAAUUGUUUGAUGCA